AUGGGCCUUUUCGACAAACUCAAGGCUAGUCCCCGGCGUAGUCGACGCAGUGUGACCCCCGCGACUGAGCCGCCAACGCCGCCCCACUCCACCGGUCGCGAUGCGACCAGGAAGCUUCCCCGCGCUGUGCUCGUUCGCAUCUUCAGCUUUGUUUGCCCCCAUGCCUUGGAUGACUCCUAUGAUACCUCGGAAGAUUCUAUGACUGAUGGCUGUAUGCUCUGUGACAUGAGGGACCUCGCGAACUGCACCAUGGUGUGUAGGCGCUGGUUUCCCGAAGCACACGCGCUCUUAUACACAAAUGUUCGGAUUGACCCCGUGCACUACUGCGAACUGGAAGUUCAAUUAGCCGCCAAACGAAAGCGCCGCUCCUUUUUCGACCGUAAUGGCGAUCCCAUCGAUGCCCCGCAGAUCCGCCUCGAGUUGUUUAUGCGAUCUGUUCGUGAAUCGCGACACCUGGGCAAAUUGACGCUGUCUCUUCGGAUGCCGUAUAUGACUCGCGAGGCUAAUAAGGCCACCAUUGCCCGGACGAUUUCGGUUCUUCCCCACCUUCGUUAUGUCGAUCUCCCAACUGGUCUGUUCAGUGAUGAGGGCUCGUGUGUGACACUGAAGCAGGAGUUGAUGGCCUCGUGCCCCGACCUUCGGCGUAUGAGCUAUAAACACGGUGCAGAGGGGAGCUUCGCACGACUGCCCGAAGCACCGCGAUGGAUCAACCUUGAAAAAUUAGAGCUGUCGGGCUUGCAUAUUGAAGCUGCAAUCCUUCGAAACAGCCUGGCAGCGUUUCCAAAGCUCAGGGACUUAACAUUGGACGAUCUUCCAUGGCUCGACGAUUCGGCAUUUGCAGUUGAUUCUUCUCUGCCUCCCUUUCCCGCCCUCGAGCAGCUCACGAUCCGGGAUACCCCACAGCUAACAGCCAGUGGACUGGUCACAUUCUUCUCAUCGGCAACUAAUCGCAUUGCCCUACAAGGAUUAACACUCGCAUCCACCGGUGUCCUUCCAUCAACACUUCACCAGAUUUUACAGGCCGCUCCACAUCUCCGCAGCCUAUCGAUCAUCCAGGAAGUAUCCCGGUCCUUCCCCGCUGAGAAGAUCCCGCCGUUGGCAUCACGAUCACUACAAAUGCUGCACUAUGAAAUCACCUCACAGACCGAGACACACGGGCUUCCUCCUGCUGCGAACUCCUAUUACACAUACCUGAUUUCAUGUCUCAUGUCACGCUGCCUCCCAUCCCUCCGCGAUCUAUACGUCCGUGACGCACAAUUCCCCCGAUACUUUGCUUUUAGCUCCUCCGCCCCGACUAUUCGGUGGUGUAAAGGCUUGGAUGAGCUUGAAUGGAACUUCACACCCUAUGAGCCGGAUUCCGCGCUGGGUCGGAGUGGCACUACUACACGCCCGGUGAGUUUCCAGGAGGCCCAAUUGAGUCGGUCAUGGGGUGGAGAUUCUCGGAAGAGCGUGCUGGUUGGAAAUGGAUUUGGUGGGUUCUUAGCUGUGCCAGAAGAUGGCGAGCGACCGAUGAGUAGCAGCGGGUACAAGCGAUCAAGUCGGCAGGAUCUCUGGCGGUGA